UAGGGCGAGCGCUCCGCAGGGCGGGAGGGGAUCGUCGCAGGGCCCCCGCGGGGCGGGUAGGCGGUGAGAACAAAGGCCGAGUGCCGCCGCGUGGGGGAGCGCGCGGGGCGGAGCCUGGGCUGCGUCUGGGGGCGGGGCCUGGAUCCGGUGCUCUGGGGUCCCCAGCCUCGGCGGGAGUGGCCAUGGCCCGCCCGCGAGUGCGGCUGGUGGUCACCGCGGACGACUUUGGUUACUGCCCGCGGCGCGAUGAGGGCAUCGUAGAGGCCUUUCUGGCGGGGGCUGUGACCAGCGUGUCUCUGCUGGUCAACGGCGCAGCCGCAGAGAGCGCGGCGGAGCUGGCCCGCAGGUACCAAAUCCCCACCGGCCUCCACGCCAACCUGUCCGAGGGCCGCCCCGUGGGCCCGGCCUGCCACGGCGCCUCGACGCUGCUCAGCCCCGAAGGCUUCUUCCUCGGCAAGAUGGGAUUUCGAGAGGCAGUGACGGCCGGAGACGUGGCCUUGCCCCAGGUGCGGGAGGAGCUGGAGGCCCAGCUGAUUCGCUUCCGGGAGCUCCUGGGCGGGGACCCCACUCACGUGGACGGGCACCAGCACGUGCACGUGCUCCCAGGCGUGUGCCAGGUGUUCGCAGAGGCGCUGCAGGCCAACGGUGUGCGCUUCACGCGAUUGCCGGUGGAGCGCGGGGUGGGCGGCUGCGCGUGGCUCGAAGAAGCCCCCGCGCGUGCCUUCGCCUGUGCGGUGGAGCGCGACGCCCGGGCCGCCGUGGGCCCCUUCUCCCACUACGGCCUACGGUGGACGGAUGCCUUCGUGGGCCUGAGCACCUGCGGCCGGCACAUGUCUGCUCACCGCAUAUCAGGAGCACUAGCGCGGGCCCUGGAAGGCAUACCCACCGGCCGUACCCUGACAGCCGAGCUGAUGGCCCACCCCGGCUACCCCAGUGUGCCUCCAGCUGGGGGCUGCGGCGAGGGCCCCGAUGCCUUUUCCUGCUCUUGGGAGCGGCUGCACGAACUGCGUGUCCUCACCGCGCCCACACUUCGGACCCGACUUGCACAGGAGGGUGUACAGCUCUGCACCCUGCACGACCUAGACUCCAAGAGGCAUGGGGAAGGGAUCCCUGGAGAAGCCACUCUGGAAACAUUCCUGGAGCCCUCCCCACCAUGCCCCUGACAAGCAUAAUGUCCUUUAGUGCAAAGAAAGGGGGCCAGCGUCAAGCCCUGGGACAGCCAGGAACCAGGUGGCAGGGCGGGGGUCCAGUAACAUACUCCCUUUGGCAGGCCCCUGUCACCUCUGUGUCUAGGUCCUUGUGGCUCAGAAUGGCUGCUAGAGCUUUGGCAACCCAUCUUGGCUGCAGGCAGGUUGGCCCUGUGACAUCUGAGCCUGGGGCCUGCCAACCAUCUUCCUUAUUCAGAUGUAGUAGAGAGAGACCACUGUAUUAAAAUAUGUCUUGUAAACUUGGGUGGUUUUUAAACACUGCCCAGAAAAUGUUUACAGACACAAGAAAGAGCAAAGGUAACUCCUUCAGGGCCCAAACCUGGUUAUUAGAAUAGAUACACAAAACACUCCAUGUUCUGGCUUUGUUCAUGCUUAAGUUUAUUAUUUUGGGGGGAGGGGGGUUGGGAGAAGAAUGUCUCACCAGGCUACUUUUUGAAAGAUAAUAUAAUCUCAAAUUUUAUUUAAAAAGUCACCUGAUUGUUGUUUUUUAAGUCAACUCCAUACCCAGAGUGGAGCCUAAUGCGGGGCAUGAGCUCAGGACCCUGAGAUGGAGACCUUAGCUGAAAUCAAGAGUUGGAGGCUUAACUGACUGAGCCACCUAGGCACCCCAAAAGCCACCUGUUCUAAACAAGCAUCCCUUUGCCAUCCUAGGGGCAGAUCUGAGGAGGUCCUACAAACCUAUUUAAAAUUUUCCAGGAGGAACAGUCUUCUGUGGAAAUGGGAUACAGGACUCUUCACCAGACCUGGUGAUGUGGGCAUGCCCCG